CUUUUUUACACUUGGUAUUUUUUUCAUUCAUCAUUGUCUUUGGCUAUGUUAUGUUGAUCAGUUGUCCAACAAUAUUUGGGUCGUUUUUCCGUGUUACUUACUAUAAAUAGAACAAUAUUAUAAGAAAUUUAAAGCAGUUACAAGAAGUUAAAAGUAAUAUAAAUCCAAACCUCCAAAAUGGAUAGAGAAGACGGUGAAAUGAGUGAUGAUAACGCAAUGGUGGUUGAUGAUGUAAAGGAACCAAUUUCAUACACUGAUGAUUGUACCUUGGUGUACAAAGCUGACAAAGCAGGAUUAAUCGUAGAAAAAUUAGAAAAAGUGGAUGCCUCCAAAAUAGAAGAACGAGCAAAAAGAUUUGGUUUAAAUCUUACAGGAAAUAGAGUAAUCACACAGAGACAGAUUGAUGAACUUUAUUCGAAUUUUGGUAUAGAAAGUGGAAAUGAGAGACAUUUUCGUUUUGAUGCAAUCAACUUACAUGGAGUUGAUGGACUUUCUACGAAGGAAAUAUUUCAAUAUUUAGAAGACUACAAACCUGUGUCUCUGGAAUGGAUUGAUGAAGUAUCAUGUAAUAUUGUUUGUCAGGAUCAUAUAUCAGCAGCCUUGGCAUUACUAGUGCAUUCUAGAGAAAUUAAAGAUACCAAUUUGAAGGAAAUGCUUGCUGCUAAUCCAAAUCAUCAUUGGCGUGAAGGUAUGCCACAUCCUAAAAAAGAUCUUAUUUUAAUGAGAUUUGCUACUAAUGGAGACAAGAAAAUGAACAAAAAGAAACCUCAUAAUAAAAAUACAGAAGAAUAUGGUGAUCAAAAUAUGGAUGCAGUAAGUAAGAACCCAUGGGGUGACCUCUGUAAAUCUUGGGGAGUUUAUGAUCACCAAGAAGUAUUUCAACGUAAGCCUAGAUACAAUAAUGAUGAAGAUAAUGAUUUAGAAGAACCAGAUAAAAUUGUAAAAAUAAAAAAUAAAAGUUUAGCUAGCCGCCUUGGUAAGAGGCAUGCUAAUAGGGACAACUAUGACAAUGAAGAAGCUGAGGAAAGUGAUUCAGAUUCUGAAUGGAAAACUAAAUCAAAAGCACCUCGAAUGAGAAUGCAUGCAGAUGAUGAAGAGUCUAAACGAAAGAAAAAGCAGACUUCCCAACGGAUAGCUAAGGAUUCAGAUGGAUAUUCCGCAUUGUCAAUUGAAGUAGAAAAUUCCCACAGUAAUUAUAAGCCGAGAGAUCACACAAUCAUAUCUGACAAGUUUAAAAGGAACAAUGUUUAUAGAAAAAAACAUGGUAUUCAGUCAAGGUUAGGUGAAAAAGUAAUAACUGUGGAGGAUAAUGAAAGUUUUUCAAGUGAUGAAGUAUCAGAUAACUCUGAUAGUUAUGUUAUGAGUAGAGUGCAUAAAGUCAAUUCUAGUAAUAAUAGUGUAUGGUCAAGAUUAGAUAGGAAACCCUCUAGCACUAGAAAUACAAGUGAUCACAAUGAUUUACGGCAAAUUUUGAAAUCAAGGAAACAUGGGAAGUCUGAUGACCUAAGAGACAAGUUAGGUAAAUCUAAACAAAGUAACUUGCGUAUUGAAAUUGACAAUAAUUAUGCACAUGAUGAUGAAGAUUUAUAGUGUUUAUUGUAGGAUAAUUUUAUAUUACAAAUAAUGUUCUCCUUUUAUUUUGUUUAUAAGAUGUUAGCUCCGAGGUACUGCAAAGCAAAUGAAUUUGUACAUAAUAUGGUACAUACACAUAGAUGUAUUUACAAUGUUGUUUAUGUUAAUAUCCAUGGGUAUUAGUGCAAAUUCUCUUUAGUUUGUAGAUAUAUACAUAUUUAGAUUAUGAAUGCAUGCUUCUUACAGGUCAGUGCAAUUAAUGGAAAUGUCACUAAGCACUAAAUGUGAGAACAAUAAUUGUUUUCUGUGUAUGCGAACAACAAACACCAUGCGAAAGUUUAUUACAUAUUUGUUGAAUGAAUAUUUUCAUUUUGAAGUAUAAAGUUUGACCACCUGUCUAAUCAAAUUGAAAUAUUACAGACUAACAUGAAAUAAAUGUAAUGAUUUAGUUUAAAUUAACUAUUAAUUAAGUGAUUACUAAAUGUAGUAUAUAAAAUCUUUAAAUUAAUUAUAGUUGAAUGAAUUUUA